AUGACAAAGCUAGAAAAUACAAAUAAGUCACGUUCAGAUCUUCUGCCCUCAAAUGACAUAUACAAUAUGAACAAUAAUAACGAAACAAAAGGUUCGUUGCACUCACACUCCGAAACAACCAAGAUUUUACAGGAUUCUAAUAUAGAUGAGCAUGAAGAUAUAAAUUCAAUUUUUGGCAAUAAUGAUAGUUACGAAAAUGAAACUAUGUCACAUGUCAAUACAAAUGCAUCAGACAGCAAUUAUAUGAUGGAGUUAGGUGAUGUUUCAGAUCAAUCUUCAGAUAAAAGUAAUAAAAAUCUAAACAAUAAAAUAGACGAGUUGGAUGAAAAUUCUCCUCCUCACUCAAGAUUCACACGUAAUGAUAAAAUUAUGCUUAUAGCUCAAUGUGCUUUUACAGGGUUUUUUUCAAGUAUUGCAGGUGCAAUUUACUAUCCGGUUUUAACACUGAUCGAAGGCCUUUUCAAAAUUACUGAAGAACAAGCUAAUAUCAGCGUCGUCGUCUAUUUUAUUUUCCAAGGUAUUGCUCCAAUUAUCGUCGGUAAUUUAGCGGAUACAAACGGAAGACGGCCAUUGAUCUUGAGUUGUCUAUUAAUUUAUUUCUGUGCAUGCGUAGGUCUAGCCAGUUGUAACACAUACGCUCAAUUAAUUGGGUUAAGAUGUUUGCAAGCUGCCGGGAUUGCUCCAGUAAUUGCUAUCAAUAGUGGUAUUGCUGGGGAUAUUACAACCAGGAGAGAAAGAGGUAGUUAUAUCGGUUAUGUUUCAGGGUUUGUUGUUAUUGGUUCUGCUUUUGGUGCUUUGAUCGGUGCAGGUUUAUCCUCAACAUGGGACUGGAGAGCUAUUUUUUGGUUUUUGGCAAUUGGUUCAGGUGUCUGCGUUAUCUACUCAAUUAUUUUAUUUCCAGAAACAAAAAGAUCAAUUGUCGGUAACGGAUCAAUUGCUCCAAAAUCUAUACUUAAUAAAUGUGUUAUAUUGAGUAUACCAGCUGUAAGAAGAAAAUGGCAUUUAGAUAAACCAGAAUAUAAUACAUUAGAACCUCCAAAGAAAUCCAAAGCUUUUCCUAUUUUUGAAAUCCUAAAACACAAAGAAAUGAUUAUAUUACUAAUAGUUGCAGGUUUACAAUUCUCUAUGUGGACAACACACCAGACCAGUUUAACAACCGUAUUAAGCAAAAGAUACAAUCUAACUGUUGCUAAAAUUGGUUUAUGUUUCUUACCUACAGGUAUAUGUACCAUGAUUAGUGUUAUUACUUGUGGUAAAUUUCUAAACUACGCUUAUAAAAAGGACAUUGCAAAGUACGAGUUGUGGAUAAAAGAUCAAAGAGAAAUACUACUUCAGGAAAAUAAUGAAGAUGAGGAUAAGGUAGAUGAAAUAAUUUUUAAUGAUCCAAAAUAUACCUUUAAUAUCUGCAGAUCUAGAUUGAAACCAGCUUUCGUAACAUUAUUCCUAAGUAGUUGUGGUUUUAUCGCAUUUGGAUGGUGUAUUGAAAAGAGAGUACCUUUGGCUGCUGUGCUAGUGACAAGUGGGUUUUCUUCAUUGUUUAGCAACUGUAUCUUGACAAUGUCCACUACUGUUUGCGUUGACUUGUUCCCUAGUAUUUCCACAACCGCUACUGGUUGUUUGAAUUUAUUUAGAUGUUCCAUGUCUGCAAUUUUAAUCGCAUGUCUAAGCAAAAUGGUUAGCAAAAUGAACUACGGUGGUGUUUUUACAUUUUUAGGAGCACUAACGGGUGUUUCCUCAUUUUUGCUACUAAUAACUGUUAGAAAUGGCAAAGAGCUAACUUUCUACAGAAAUAAACUAAAUUAUAAUUGA